AUGGACGUGGCCCAGGACGAUGAAAGAAAGCCCUUCGAUGCCGAGACUGGGAAUGAUGAAGAUGCUCAGCCCGACCCAGAUGAGCACCUCAUGCUAGAUCAAGGCAAUGGAAAAGUUUGGCUCGUCAAGAUCCCAAAGUUUCUCAUGGAACGCUGGGCAUCUGUAAACGUUGAAGACGCCCAUUUGGCGACGCUGCGAGUUUACACGAACAACGAUCCAACAACCGGCAGGCCACGCAUUAUCUUGUUCUUACCACCCAACAUCAACCCCAAUACCCCCAACGCGCCGCUCCCGUAUAACCCUAAUCGACCGCUUUUUCAGACAACGACAUAUUACCCGACAACGGGUGCGGAGCCAGAUUGCUACGAGCUCGACAUGGUGCACGACAACGUCGAGAACCAAAUUGUCGUUGCCGAGCGCCCGAAGGACCCAUCUCUGAGUGUUUCCACCAGCGCUGCGGCUGCUACGGUUAAUUCUCGUGCGCGGACGACGGUGCUCACUGGAAGGAUCAAACAUGAGUGCAAUCUUCGACCAGCGUUUAGCCAGACAUACAGAAAGCAGAUGAAGGAGCGACAUAAGAAGUAUAACACCCCGGUGCGGCAGAUCAGGAUGAUUGAGGACGCUGGCGUUCCAGGCGGCAGAGGUGGUGUUAACAGACUGAGCAGUGGGGUGGGUGUUGGCGCUGGUGCUGCGUUUGGUGACCUUAUCAAAGUCAAGCCUAAACAGCCGAAAGGAACUUUCGAGCGUAUGGCUCGUAUGCCUAGGAACCAACUUUUGGACCAAAUCUUCUCGCUCUUCCGCGAAACACCACACUGGGGUAUACGUCCUCUGCGAGAAAAAACUCAACAACCGGAAGCGUAUCUGAAAGAAGUAUUGUCAGAGGUCGCGUUCCUUCAUCGGAGUGGUGAACAUAGCGGUUUCUUUGAAUUGAAGGAGAACUACAAGGACGAAGGCAUGAAGGGUGAAAAUGUUCCGGGACCACUUCCGGGGGAUACAAAGAUGGAGGACGAAGAUGACGACGACGACGAAGAUGAGGAUAUGGAGGAAGUCUCCUAG